GAGUGGUAGAAUAGCAUUUGACUUGGUUUGAGAGAGAGAGAGAGAAGAAGAAAGAAGAAAGAGAAAAGGUAAAGAAUGAAGAAAAUUCAAUCGAAUCGAAUACAAUUUUGACGUCCGCAAGGACACACUCUCGCUUCUCUCUCUACAAUCCCUUUCUCUCUCUACAACUCUCUAUUCUCUCUCUAAGCUAACCACCGAGGGACAGGACUUGUGCUUCAGAGAGAACACAGAGACUGUGAGCAAACCCUAAAAAAGGGAACAAAAGCUGAAGUGAAUUCAAAUAGAAUUGAAGCCGAAGGAAAAUAAAACACAACUCAGUGAAUAUCUAAUACUGGGUUUUAUGUAUUAGAAUCAUUGUGGGUUUUUGGGAAGUCUCUCUCUUUCUCUUUCACUGUUCAAAGCUCUACUGCUGGUUAUUGAUUGGAGGUGGUUUUGGUUGAUAAAGUGAGAAAUUUUGGGAUUUCUUCUCUGUGUUUGGUGGAGAGAGUUUGAUUUGUUUUGAUUUAGUUCUUUCGUUCAAGGCUGAGGUUAUGGUGGAUCUGAAAGUUCAUGUAAUAAACAGAGAUUCAUGCGGAAGCUGGUCGGGGACUGCUCUCCUCUUGAAGCUAGUGAGAUUGUAGAAUGUUCAGAAUUAGAGCCUGUCCCUUGGUAUUGGGUUUCUAUGGUAUUUGGCUUGUGUUUGGCAAAACUCAACACGAUGUCCCCAGGCACAAUGCUUACCCUUUUCUAUUGGUACACAAUAGAGAUUCUGAAACCUGUGGCCUUCGACGUAGGGGUUCGAUGCUUUCUGAAUUGAGCUCCAUGCCUGGUAUUUUGCGUCCUGUUAUGUAAUCUAGGCUUGUUGAAUUCAAGUUGUUUUAGAUAGUUGUAAUACUUUCACCUAGUAUUUUUAGAUUGUGAUUUUGAAAUUAUGGUACCUUCGGGGCCGCCCACUCCAAUUGGUGGUGCCCAGUCUGUUUCACCUUCACUCUUGCGUACGAAUUCUGGAAUGCUGGGAGGUCAAGGUGGUUCACUACCCUCCCAGUCAGGUUUUCCCCCGCUUGUCUCACCACGUAAUCAAUAUGGUAACAUGAAUAUGCUUGGCAAUGUAGCCAACGUGUCUUCUCUCCUUAAUCAGUCUUAUGGAAAUGGGAUUCCAAAUUCGGGGCUUUCUGGUCCUGGUAGCAGCCAACGUGGAGGUAUGGAUACCGGUGCUGAAUCAGAUCCACUUUCUAAUGUUGGCAAUGGAAUGGGUUUUAGUGCGCCUUCUUCGUCAUAUGUUGCAUCAAACAUGGCUAAUUCUGGUACAUCUGGUCAAGGUCAGGGCCAACAAUUUUCAAACCCUUCUGGUAACCAACUAUUGACAGAUCAACAGCAGCAGCAACUUGAAACACAUAAUUUCCAGCAUGGUCAGCAGCAGUUCUCUGCCCCUCACAACACACAGCAGCAACAUCAAUUUCAGGCUAUUCGAGGAGGCUUAGCUGGUGUUGGACCAGUAAAGUUGGAGCCCCAAUUGACAAAUGAUCAACAUGGACAGCAGCAGCAGCAGCAGCAGUUGCAGUCUUUGAGGAGUCUUGGUCCAGUGAAAUUGGAACCCCAACAACUUCAGACCAUGAGAAGCUUGCCACCUGUAAAAUUGGAACCGCAGAAUUCUGAUCAGUCAUUGUUUUUGCAUCAACAGCAGCAACAACAGCAGCAACAGCAGCAACAACAGCCGCAACAGUUCAUCCACAUGUCAAGGCCAUCUUCUCAGGCACAGAUUAACAUUUUGCAUCAACAGAGAUUCUUGCAGCUACAACAACAACACCAGCAACAGCAACUCUUGAAAGCAAUGCCUCAGCAACGCCCCCAAUUACAGCAACAGUUUCCACAGCAGAAUCUGCCUAUGAGGUCUCCUGCGAAACCAGUAUAUGAGCCUGGAAUGUGUGCUCGGCGUUUGACACAUUAUAUGUAUCAGCAACAACAUAGGCCUGAAGACAAUAAUAUUGAGUUUUGGAGAAAAUUUGUUGCUGAGUAUUUUGUACCUCAUGCCAAGAAGAAGUGGUGUGUUUCUAUGUAUGGAACUGGUCGGCAAACAACUGGCGUUUUUCCUCAGGAUGUAUGGCAUUGUGAGAUAUGCAAUCGCAAGCCUGGGCGUGGCUUUGAAGCGACUGUUGAGGUGCUUCCCAGGCUUUUUAAAAUCAAGUAUGAAAGUGGUACUUUGGAGGAGCUUCUUUAUGUUGAUAUGCCACGCGAAUAUCAUAAUUCAUCUGGUCAGAUUGUACUGGACUAUGCUAAAGCAAUACAAGAAAGUGUUUUUGAGCAACUUCGUGUUGUUCGGGAUGGUCAACUUCGGAUUGUUUUCUCUCCAGAUCUAAAGAUAUGCUCUUGGGAAUUUUGUGCAAGGCGCCAUGAAGAGCUUAUCCCUCGAAGAUUACUGAUACCUCAGGUUAGUCAGCUUGGUGCUGCAGCUCAGAAAUACCAGGCUGCUACUCAAAAUGCAUCAUCCAAUUUAUCUCUUCCAGAGAUACAAAAUAAUUGUAAUAUGUUUGUAUCGUCAGCUCGGCAGUUAGCGAAAACCUUGGAAGUGCCAUUAGUAAAUGAUUUAGGUUAUACAAAGAGAUAUGUAAGGUGUCUUCAGAUUUCAGAAGUGGUUAAUAGUAUGAAAGACUUGAUUGAUUACAGCCGAGAGACAGGGACUGGACCUAUGGAGAGCUUGGCCAAGUUUCCUCGAAGGACGAGUGCUUCAUCUGGGUUUCACAGUCAAGCACAACAGUCCGAGGAGCAAAUUCAGCAGCAGCAACAGCAACAACAGCAACAACAAACGAUGGGCCAGAAUCCGAACGGCGAUCCAAGCUCUGUCCAGGCCACCACUAUGCAACUUGCUGCCAGUAAUGGUAUGGCUAGUGUAAAUAAUGUUCUGAGCACAGCAUCCACAUCUACCUCUGCAAGCACCAUUGUUGGGCUCCUCCAUCAAAAUUCCAUGAAUUCCAGACAGCAAAGUUCAAUGAAUAAUGCAAACAGUCCCUAUGGAGGAAAUUCUGUUCAGAUUCCAUCCCCUGGUUCUUCUAGUACAAUUCCACAGACGCAACCAAACCCCUCUCCAUUCCAGUCACCAACACCCUCGUCAAACAAUCCCUCUCAAACAUCUCAUGGUGCCUUGACAGCUGCCAAUCACAUGAGUGCAACAAAUUCACCAGCGAAUAUAACCAUGCAACAGCCAACCAUUUCCGGUGAGGCUGAUCCAAGCGAUUCCCAGAGCUCUGUCCAGAAAAUAAUACACGAAAUGAUGAUGUCCAACCAGCUGAAUGGCGCAGGCAGUAUGGUUGGUGUGGGUUCUCUGGGAAACGACGUGAAAAACGUUAAUGGGAUUUUGUCAACAAGCAACAACACAGGAAUGAAUGGCGGCAACUGUCUGUCAGGGAAUGGCAUGACUAACAGUAGUAACUCGGGUAUUGGGGGUGCUGGAUUUGGGAGUAUGGGUGGACUUGGUCAGCCUUCCAUGGUUAAUGGAAUAAGAAGUGCAAUGGGAAAUAAUUCUGUUAUGAAUGGAAGGGUGGGAAUGGCAUCAAUGGCUCGAGAACAAAGCAUGCAUCAUCAACAACAGGAUCUGGGGAACCAGUUACUUAGUGGGCUUGGAGCGGUUAACGGCUUUAACAAUCUUCAAUUUGAUUGGAAACAUUCCCCUUGAAAGCCUCUGUGAUCAUGUUGAUGCUCGUUUCACCGGUUCUUGAUUUAGCUGCUUGUGCAGCAUGGGAAGUGGCAGAGUUGCCUCUAGCCCUGUGGAAGAUGGCAGUGCGUGGAUGAAAUGAAAUAGUUGACAGGGCUGUCGCUCCCACUUUGUACUAAUCUGUUAUUUAUAUAUAAAAAGGAAAUUUGGUGGCUGGUUGUGUGGCUGAUGGGGCUCAUUUUCUUGUGGUUUUAAAUGUACUUCAAUUUUUUUUUUAAUUUUUAAAAAUCUCGUCAUAAUGGUAUACUACAUAUCUUUUUUCCUAGUAGUAACUUUUUUACUUGGGUAGAGGGGUUCAAGAGUGCAAAUGAGAUCUCCUUGGUUGGAUCUGUUCAUCCAAUCAUAGAAUUGUAUUUCUCAACUAUUCCUUAGGCAUGUAUUUGUUAUUCUCAAUUCCAAUAGGCGUUUCCGGUA